GAAAUGUACAGUGUACGCACAUCCACUUCAUACCAGGAGAUGGUCACUCAAAAUGCCACGAUACGAAUUUAUCAAAGUAGAAACCUGGAAUGGGAAAACGAAACCUACUGGCUCCGUAAGAAGUCACGCGAUACGUGCAGGUCUCCGAAAGUCCGGAACCCAUUCAAGGACCGGAGGAAGGCUGCAACUCCGUCUUCCUACAAGACUCAGGGGAGGCUUAAUAUCUCCCGAGACAGAGGCCGUAGAGUAUGAAGGUUCAGAUUCGCGCUCGGUGCUAGACGUGUCUGUAGAGAACUCGAUACGACCGCCGACGUAUCACGUAGAAUCCGUGGGCGCCGGAAGAGUGGACCCGUUCGAUUCCCUCCCGAUACCUUCGAAUCUAGAGAUUGACCACCUGGUAAAAUAUCUCAUCACAAAGUUCGACAUCAGCUUAGCGUCGGUUCAUCGCGGGAAGGCAUGGUUUCCGUACGCGUUGCAGAGCGCGCCGAUGAUGCACGGCACUCUUGCGAUGGCUGCGGCGGUAUGGCGAGCAGAGUAUCCCGUUCUAGAACGUUCGAUCCAGAUCGAGGGCAUCCGUCAGAAAGGCGAGGCGAUGCGACUUAUCAGAGCUCACUUAGCGCUUGUCAAUUCCGUGACUGAUGAAGCAUUUACCUUUGUAAUGUCAACCAUGUCGACUUUGGUGAUUGUCGAGGUCCUCGACGGUGACUUCGAGGCUGCGGAAACGCAUUUGCGAGGUGUCUAUAGUCUCUUUACCUCGAGAGGCGGUAGUGACAACUUUAAAGACGAAUGGAUCUUUUGCAAGUCGACCAAUCUAGCCGAUAUACAAGUUGCCGUUGCGCUGGGCCGUCAACUUAUAUUCCCGCGCCUCUACCUAGAUCAGGGUUACCUUCCAGAGACUCCGGAAUCUCCCGCUGGCCAUGCUCAACACCAACCGUUAAAUUGUUCGAUAACCGACAGAAGCUCUCACGAGUGCGUUGCGAUAUUUAUUCAAAUAAGGCAACUUCUUUCAGCACGCCAGCUAACGACAGGUUCGCCCGAAACCUUUCGGGUUCCGCCAGCCGCUCUCGACGAGUUAAUCCUGCGAUAUCUCUAUCGAGACUGCGUCGACGACGUAUCCGAUUCCAGGAGACGCUCUUAUGCGCUGGUCCUCGCUGCUCACAUAUUCAUGUAUGUGACUUUGCGCCAGGCGCCGCCAAAAAGUCCUCUAGUACAUCGAAUGUGUAUAAGGCUGCAGGGAGCUGUUGGAAUAACACCGCCUGCUAGGCAACUCUGGGCGGAAAAUGAGGCAGCGUUGUUGUGGAUAGCUUUCGUCGGGCUUCUUGGGACCGGAGAGCGGGCAGAGACAUGUCCGGCAGGCCAGUCCUUCCUAUAUCUUUUUCGGUCUGUUGUAGAGCGAUAUCCAAGUGAUUCGCCUCAGGGCGCUGACAGCCUCCAUGAGAUGCUAUCCGCCUUUCUAUGGGAUGAGUCUUAUUGUCGGCCAUUGCUACGCUGGUUGGACGAUCAUCAGCUGAUUGGUCAGACGUGAGAUUUCGACCCAUUAAUUUCCUAUUUAGGAAAUAUGUCUGAACAUAAUCCGCGAUACUGUAUUCCUCAUGGGCUCAGACAAAGACAUCAUACUUCCUAAAGUGGUAAGCCGGACAGGUGCAGCUCACCGAG